UUUGGAUUGAUCAUUGACGACUAGUUUAAUUGUCUUAUGUAUGACUUAUUAUGUCUGCAAUUAUUAAAGUAAAAACUCAAACGCCCGUCUUCUGUAGAGCGGAGCGGUGGUGUUGGUGGCAGAUUGGCCCGUGACUGGUGGCGGAAACGAAGUGGGAGUCCUAUGGCUAUGGAGAUAGCUCAAACAAGUUCUUGCAUUGCGUAACCAAACAAAUGAAGUAAACAAAAUGCAACGUCCAGAUAUCUCAGCAACCUCACCUUCAAAGAUACAAUAUGAGGUAACUUCGGCACUCCCGACUUCUUCUAAACGAAGAAGGUUAACAUCUAAGAUUUGGAACGACUUCGAUAGGGUUGAAGUUGAUGGGGAGCACCACGCCAUAUGUAAACAUUGUCAGAAAAACUUUUCUGGGUCAAGCAAAAGUGGGACAACACACUUGAAAAAUCACUUGUCAAGAUGUUCGGCUAUAAAAAGAGGAGAAUCGUGUAAAGAAAUUAUAUCUCCUAGCGAAACAGGUGAUUCUAAAAAUCCAACUGUCAUUGAUGAGAAUUCUGUGUUUGAUGAAGAAAGGACUGGCUUGGAUGUGGUAAGAAUGAUUAUCAAGCAUGGCUAUCCAUUGAAUAUGGUUGAGCAUGAGUACUUCAAAGUUUUUGUGAAGAAUUUGCAACCAAUGUUCAAACUUCAUUCACAAGAUACUUUAAAGGCUGGCAUUCUUCAUGUCUAUAGAGAAGAAAAGGAGAAACUGUGCAAACACCUUGGUAUGCUCUCUUGUUGCUUCAGUUUGAUACUUAAUUUUUGGACAUGUCAUGGGAAAAAGAAUAAGUAUUGUUGUUUUACUUUGCAAUUUAUUGAAGAUGGUCUGAAACUGAAGAAGAAGAUUCUUGCCGUAAAAAAUGUAGGAUACAAUUAUACAGGAGAAACUCUUUUUGGGAUGGUAAAAAGUCUGCUUCUGGAGUGGAACAUUGACAAGAAAUUGUGCUCUAUAACUGUAGAAAGUUCUUCCUCAAAUGAUCAAAUGGUUAGGACCUUAGAAAGUUGGCUUGGUAAUCAAGGUUACCAUCCUUUCAGAGGGAAAUUAUUUCACAUCCGUUGCAUUACACAUAUUAUAAAUCUCCUUGUUCAGGAUGGAUUGGAUGAGAUAGAUGAUAUUCUUCAUAAGAUAAGGAAAGCUAUCAAAUACAUCAGUGAAACAACAAUUGGGAAAGAAAAGUUUCAAGAGGUUGUAAAGAAACUGAAUUUACAAAGCAAGGACAUUACUUCUCAAGGUGUUCCUAUAAGGUGGGAUUCCACCUUUUUCAUGCUUGAGAGUGCAUUGGAGUUCAGGGAAGCAUUUUCUUACCUACAGAGUAGUCAUUGUGACUUCCCUGUAAAUUUAUCUAUGGAGGAAUGGGAUAAGGCAAAAGUCAUGCACAAAUGUUUGAUUGUUUUCUAUGAUGGCAUAUGCAGUUUUUUAGGAAGCAAAUGUCUUACUACAAAUGUGUAUUUUCGUAAAAUUUGUGAUAUUCAUCACAAUUUAAUUCAAUGGCAAAAAAGUGAACAUACAUUUAUUCGCUUGGUUGCAAAGAAAAUGAGUGAGACAUUUGACAAGCACUUUGACUAUUGUACUUCUGUUUCGGCAAUUGCAGCAGUUUUUGACCCACGGACAAAAUUGGACUUUGUGCAUUACUCGUUCACAGAGUUAUAUGGUGGGCAUACUAAGAAAUACUUAUUGAUUGAUGAUGCUCUUGGUCAUAUUUUUGAUGAAUAUGCAAAAGGCCGUAGUAGUGAAGCAUCUACUUCAUAUGAUGAUAAUUAUUCUGAUAUACUGGAUAGGUGGUACAAGUCUAAAAUAGAUAUGAAUAAGGCUCAUUCACAAAGGGCCGAGCUCCAUCGAUACUUGGAAGAGCCUAUACCUGAUUUUGAGGGAGAGUUUGACAUAUUGGGUUGGUGGCAUACAAAUAGUACAAAAUUUCCAACUCUUUGGAGGAUAGCUCGAGAUAUCUUGGCAAUUCCAAUGUCAACUUCUAUAUCAAAUUCUGCUUUCAGUAUUGAAACUAUGACAAUCAAUCCAACCUUUAAUGGUUUGGAUCCUGACAUCAUAGAAGCCUUGGUAUGUGGAGAGGACUGGUUGGACAAUCCUGCAAGGAUCACAGCGAACAAGGACAAUGACCACUCUUUUGAACCCACUCAUACUUCAUUUGGUUUGGCGGGGACUUUUUUAAGCUUGGAAUCUCAAGAGAAACAUGUUCCCUCUACUACCAAUACAAAACUCAUGCUUGCAAAUCUUAGCUCAACGUGGAGCCCUCGGCCAUUUCCGACAGGUGUCAUCACCAAGUCAUCUGAUCAUGGUUCUAGUGGCAAUGAUGCUGAGGCAGUGAAGAGCUGUAUUAGAACAAUGGAGUUUAAGUACCAUGAUAAGGUUGCCAGAGAAAUGGACAGGGCAGAGUAUGAGGCCCAGUUGGCAGCAAAGGAGGCUCAAAAUCGUCAGGAUAGGGAGCAAUAUGCUCAGGAGAAGUUUGAGCUAGAGCAGCGAAUCAAGCAUUUGGAGGUUGAGUGGCAGAAGCUACUUUUUGAGGCCAACAGAGAUAGACUUAGGAACGUUCUUGUUCCACCCAAUUAUGGGUAUCCUGCGCCAUCAUCAGCACCAUCAAGUUCUUCUCAGUUGGGAGUUUCCAAUCCUCAAGGAUCAUGGCAUGAGGGUGAGGGUUCAUACCACCAUUUAGACACCACUUCAGAUAUUUCACAUUGUCCUGGCCUGUUGUAUAAUUCUCAAAAUCAAGGUACCUCAAGUUUAGUCACGAUGAACUUGGUUCGUGCGAGUGAAUUCCCGAAAUCUCCUUUGACUCCACCUCCUACGUCUACACCUCCGACCACUCCACCCGGACCACCCGAAAUGGAUCAGGAUUUCUACCAGCAGUUGUUUAGCAGCCUAUGAUUCUCGGCUGAGCAUGUUUUAACUUUUUUUUUUUUUUUUUUUUUGAAUCUCUUCUGGCAUGUAAAUGACACUACACGUAGACGGUAAUUUGUGCCUAUGCAUACAACUACUUUGAGAUAAAAUGUAAACCAAACAAUCUGAGACAGAGCCAGGACUUAGAAUUGGGGGGCGGUUUUGCUGCUGACUAUAUUCUGUAAUUCCAGCCUCUAAAUUUAUUGUUUAGCCACAAAGGUUUUUUUUUU